CAUCACUUUCUCAUCUUCUUUCUCACAAACAUUGCCAUAACGGCCUUACCCAACAUGCUCCGCUACGUCGUCACUGUCGUGCGGUUCAUGUGGGCCCACCCAGUCAUAUCAGCAGCCAUAGCGGCGGCGCUGUACUGGCUGUACACCUAUGCCGUCGCGCAUUGGCAGCGGCGACAGGCGCACAUCAACUACCGACGUGAGCAGCGCAGGCGCGCCGGCAUCCCCGACUCGGACACGCGGCCAUGGAUGAUUGCGCGUCCCGCCGCCGAGCUGCAGCGGCGCGAGGAGGCGCGCGCGGCCCAGCGCCUCGCGGACGAAGAAGCCGAGCGCCAGCGCCUCGAGGAGAAGAAGCGCGAGGUCGACGAGUGGGGCCACAGCGUCGUCCGCACGCUGCGCAGGAUGCAGAGCGGCGACGUUGGGCCAUCAUCAUCAUUAUCGCGCUCGCCUGCGCCAGCGCCCAAGUACGGCCCCCGGAUCCGCGCCGACAGGCGGUACGACGACGAGAUGCUCCUGCCGUCGCGCCAGAACUCGUCCCGAUCGUCGCCUUCACGAAACACGCCACGCAAGAAGCAGUCGCACUCACCGGUCCGCGGGUCGCCCCAGCGCCGCGCGCCGUCGACAGUCAAGCGUACGACCGAGAGGUUACCCAGCCGCGCGCGCGUGCCGGCCCAGAAGCGCGGCCGCGGGGACACGGACAGCGAGGAGGAGGAGCGCGAUGCCGCGGUUACGCGCAAGUAUAAGGCCAGCCGCCGGGCCAAGGCGCGCGUCAUUGACGAAGUCGAGGAUGAGGACAUGGAGGAGGAGCAGGAGGACGAGGACAUGGAGAGCGAAGACGAGGACAUGGUCAUCGACGCCAAACCCGACGCCAGGCCCCGACGGACGGCAUCGCAGCGCGCCAAGCGCGGACGCGUCGAGGAGGAUUCGCCGCGCAAGCGUGCGCGCAACUCGCCUUCUGGGAGCGAUGCUUCGGACGCAGAGGACGUCCAGAUGGACGACGAAGAGGAGGUCGAGUCGCCGAAGAAGCCGGUGGCCGAGCCCACGCUGCAGCGUGACACGGGUGCGCCUGGAGGCUAUCCCUUAUACGGCGGCAAGGCGGAAAAGCUCGAGGUCGACAAGAGCUGGACCGACCCGGCCGGCGUGGCGUGGUUCACGACGACCACGGGGCACAAGUACCGGCAGGAGGAGAUCCGCAUCCCGACGUUAAAGUACCGUAUGCCCGUGGACUCGGAGCACCCGGACGCAAGGUCCGAGGCGGGUGCGCUCGUGCGCGUGUGGCUCGACGAGAAGGAGUACGCGCGGCUUCGCGGCGAAAGGCGGCUGGGAUGGCAGGAGGGCGGGGCUACCGAGUCGCCGCUCAGCCGACGCGAUGCCGCCGCGCCCGUCGCGUCACCCAUGCCGGUGCGCGCGAGUGCCGUGUCGGCCGCGACGAUUGCCGCGCGGUCCGUCUCGCGCAGCUUCUCGUCGACGCGUAUCGGGCUGAGCAACUCGGUCGUCGCGCCCAAGGGCGGCAAGAACGACGCCGCAAAGAGCAAGAGCACGAGCCCGUCCCGCGCCCAGUCGCCAUACUACACGAGCGUGGCGGCGUUCGACAAGCAGCUGAGCGCACUCAGCUCGCCCGCGCGCAGCCGCCUCAACUCGCCCGCUGGGCGCGCGUCACCCCGUCUCCUCUCUGAGGCCGGGCGCCAGAAGCGCCAGGAGGACCUGCUGGCCAAGCUUGGCCAUUCGCCUGCGUCCUCGGCGCCGCCCACCCCAGCGGCCAAGGCCCCAGUCGAGCUGCCAUCGGCGUCCUCGACCCCGACCCCGGCCGCGGCGCCAUCGUUCUUCUCCGCCCCCAAGGCCAAGGCCGACGAAAAGGCCACCGUCAAGACCACUGACACGCCGGCCGAAAAGGCCACCGACAAGGCCAUCCCGUCGUUCUUCACCCCGCCCAAGGCCGACAAGGGCAAGGGCAAGGAGGCUGCACCAGCUGCUCCAUUCGCAUUCGGCUCGCCAGCCAAGCCCGCCGAAGCUGCUCCCGCGGCCAAGGACGCCCCCGCGCCGUUCUCGUUCGGCUCGUCGUCGUCGCCCGCCAAGGCUCCUGAGACGAAGGCUGCCGAGCCCACCACGCCCGCCCCCGCGCCGUUCUCGUUCGGUGCGAAGCCCGCUGAGGCGGCUGCGUCAGCUGCGCCCGCCGCGCCCAAGGCCCCCAGCCUGUUGUCUCGCCUGAGCCCCGCAAAGGCACCGGAGUCGCUACCCGCCGCCUCGACGCCCACGCCGUCGGGUGGCUUCUCGUUUGGCGCGCAGUCUGCGGCGCCCGCCGCCGACAAGCCCGCUGCGAAGCCUGCCGCGUCGUUCUCGUUUGGCACUGGACCCUCUGCGGCAGACAAGCCUGCCGACAAGCCUGCGUUCGCCUUCGGCUCGUCGUCGGCUGCUGCUCCUGCUGCCGCUCCUGCCGCUUCAUCGGAGCCCGCCAAGGCCCCCUUCGCCUUUGGAAAGCCUGCCGCCUCGGCCCCCGCUGGCACAUCAGCGCCAGGCUUUUCGUUUGGCGGCAAGCCCGCCGAGACUCCUUCCGUGACUGGGACGCCUUCCUUCUCGUUCGGAGGCGCAUCCAAGGCCCCGCCAGCGGCAGCCGUACCCGCUGCGGCCUCUUCGUUCAGCUUUGGAGCCAAGCCGGCCGCUGCCGCCGCUCAACCCACUGCACCUGCUGCCUCGUUCUCAUUUGGAUCGUCCAACACUGCUGCGGCGUCGACGCCCGCGGCACCUGGCACGCCCAAGGCUGCAGCCGCCGCACCCGCCGCGUUCACGUUCACCGGACGCGGAGUCCCUGUGGCCCAGGCCAAGCCCGGCUUCAGCUUCGGCUCCUCCUCCCCCACGUCGGCCCAGCCUGCGGCCACGUCGACCUCGGCAUUCUCAUUUGGCUCUAACCCCACUGCAUCCACCCCUGCAUCGACCAAUACUGCAUCCGCUGCUCCAUCAUUCUCGUUCGGAAGCAGCUCUGCUGCCCCGGCCCCUGCCGCCGGCGCCUUCAGCUUUGGCGGCGCCGGUGCCGCUGGCGCACCCGCCACAUCCACGUUUGCGUUUGGUGCUCCGUCUAGCGGGCCCUCGACGCCGACGUUGAGCAACACGCCUGCGCCGUCUACCCCCAACUUCAGCUUUGGCGCGCCUGCUGGCGACGCCUCGGCUGACAGCACGGCCGUGCGGCCACUCCGUUCCCUGCGUCGCCGCUAGUAUGAUGAAUGAAUGGUAUCACGAG